CUACCCAAUUGCAGAAGAGGUUCAAGAAUCAGUAGGAACGAAGAUGAGUUGCCAGUUGACUAACUUGGCAUCCAUGCGCGAUCAUGAUAUUCAAGAGCUGGUGUGGGAAAAUGGUCAGCUUCUCCUUCGAAGCCUGUCAAAAAUAGCUCAAAAGAAUCCACCAUGUGAUGGAGAGAGGUCAAGAUACCAUACUGCAGAUUCUGUCUCAGGAAACUCCUUCUUAGGCCUCUACAGUCAGACUCAUCAGGAUAAUAAGUUGAACUCUUCUUACCCAAAUUGUAUGCAAGACAGUUCUCUGCAACAAAUGGACGAUUCUUUUGAGUUAUUACAUGAAAAAUGUUACACCAAGCAACACACGGAUUCCCAAGUUGAUUCCGUACAAAGUUUUGCAAAACACAAACAUGACAGUGGUUUUUAUGAUAACCAACUCAUAGAUUCCCAAGGUUUUCCAUUUGCAAAUCAUAAACAAGAUUAUGCAUCAAAGUUUUUUGAGGGGAUUCAUCAACAUAAGACGAUAAGCAACGGUCAGGUACCUCGGUCUUCCUUGCAGCAGUGUCAAGAUUCAGAGAGACUAACGAGAUGUCUGGGUUUAUCUGGAAACAAGGGUUUGAAAGCUCCAAGAAGUAGCAUUCCUGCAGUUGACUCAAUUCCUGGAAAUGCAACAAGAAGUGUGAGAAAUCUUCAAAAUAAACCAAGUUCAGUGCCAACCAAACUCAAGCCAACAAAACCAGAUCCUGAGCCUCCAAAUGAGUCAGCUCCUGAUGAGCAAUCUGUAGCUGUUGGCUAUAAAGAUGAUCCUACCAAUAAGAAGUCCUCAGAUCAGGUUCAUGGCCAAUCCUUGGGACUAACACAAAACACAUCCAAGGAAAAGCCUUCAAAUAGAGAAUCUAUUCAGCAGCUGAUUGCAUCAUCUUCAAUAUGCUCCCAGGGAGCUUCAAAUAAUCCAAGGAACUGUUUGAAGAGGAAAUAUGAAGACCCUGAGGGCUCAGCAUAUCUAAGUGAGAAACGAAGAAAAAGGAAGAUGCGUGCAUUGCAAGAGCUAAUACCCAAUUGCAACAAGGUGGAUGAAGUUACAAUCCUUGAUGAUGCGAUUGUGUACAUAAAGACCCUUCAACUUCAAUUACAGAUAAUUUCAAUGAGGAGUGGCCUUUUUAUGCCUCCACUGAUGUUACCAAUGACAAUGCAACAAAUAAACACACCAUAUUUGGCUUACUCUCCAAUGGUUGCUGGGAUGGAUAUGAGAAUGCAGAUGGGUCUUGGCUGCUGCCCAAUUCAGUUCCCAACUUCAUCAUUUUCAAGAGCCACAGCUCCACCAGGGAUCACAGAAGCUAGACUAAACAUGCUGGGGUGCCCCGGUCAAGUACUACCAAUGUCUAUUUCAUGUUCACGUUUAGUAUUUUUUCCUGGAGGUCCUUCCAUCCACUCGAUCCCAAAAUUUGAUACAUCUCAAGUUCCAGCUCCAAUGGAAUUUCAGUGUUCUGCUCCCCUUUCUGGUCAGAAGAAGUGAGAACCCUAAACAUUAUGCAGAAAAGAUGAGCAGCACGAUCGCUGAACGCUCACAGAUCAACAAAUCUUGUCAGGAAGAAACAAGAAAUCUGGAAGAAUCAA